CGGCCACUGCCGGCCUCUUCUUCUCCAGCCAUUGGUGCUUCGGGCCGCUCGGCUCCACCCCAGCCCGCCAUGGCGUCAGCCGUCGCAACCCGGGGGGAGGAGGUUCCCACUUUAAGAAGUGAAGUUUUCCUCCCCCUCCCCCUUCUGCCCACCUCCUGCUGCCUCCCGCGCCCCGCGGGGGCUGCGGAUGGAGCUCCGCCGCGGCGUGGGGAGCCAGGCUGCGGGCCGGAGGAUGGAUGGGGACUGCCGCGAUGGCGGCUGCGGCAGUAAGGACGCCGGGUCGGAGGACUAUGAGAACCUACCGACCAGCGCCUCGGUGUCCACCCACAUGACAGCAGGAGCGAUGGCUGGGAUUCUGGAGCACUCCAUGAUGUACCCGUUGGACUCCGUGAAGACACGAAUGCAGAGUUUGAACCCAGAUCCCAAAGCCAAGUACACAAGCAUCUAUGGCGCCCUCAAGAAGAUCAUUCAAACGGAAGGCUUCUGGAGGCCCCUGAAGGGCCUGAACGUGAUGAUAGCUGGUGCAGGGCCCGCCCACGCCAUGUAUUUUGCCUGCUACGAAAACAUGAAAAGGACUUUAAAUGACGUUUUCAGCCACCAAGGAAACAGCCAUCUAGCUAAUGGGAUAGCUGGGAGUAUGGCCACCCUACUCCACGAUGCAGUAAUGAAUCCGGCAGAAGUGGUGAAGCAGCGCUUACAGAUGUACAACUCACAGUACCAGUCAGCCCUCAGUUGUAUCCGGACGGUGUGGCGGACCGAGGGGUUGGGGGCCUUCUACAGGAGUUAUACCACACAGCUGACCAUGAACAUACCCUUCCAGUCUAUCCACUUCAUCACCUACGAGUUUCUGCAGGAGAAGGUCAACCCACUGCGAAACUACAACCCACAGUCCCACAUCAUCUCAGGAGGCCUGGCCGGGGCGCUGGCUGCAGCUGCCACCACCCCACUGGAUGUCUGCAAGACCCUCCUCAACACGCAGGAGAACAUGGCGCUCUCCCUGGCCAAUGUCAAUGGCCGGUUGACGGGCAUGGCCAAUGCCUUCAGGACGGUCUACCAGCUCAACGGCCUUGCUGGCUACUUCAAAGGUAUCCACGCUCGAAUCAUCUACCAGAUGCCUUCCACCGCCAUCUCCUGGUCCGUCUAUGAGUUCUUCAAGUACUUCCUUACGAAGCGGCAGCUGGAGAAUCGAACUCUGUACUAAAGGAACGGGCAGUGGGAAGUGGUCCCAGCAUCUUUUGUUCCUGCCUCACCCCCAGGCCCUGUCCUGCAGGGUGCUCGCGCCGGGCCCUUCAUUCCCUGCCUGGUGCCCUAGAAAGGGAGGACCAGCCCCCACUGCCCGGAAGGCUGUCUGUGGGAAAGUCCCAGGCGGUGGUAGGUGGGAAAAACUUGGGAAGGAGAGCGAGAAGUUGCUUUUUUCUCCUUUCUUGAGAGGAGUGUAGCUUUUCUGCAUCCCCAUGGGCUUCUCCUCCCUAGAUGCUUAGAUCACACCGCCGAGGAGAGCGGUGAUACAGUAAAGAAGAGUUUAUGUACAUAAAAGUACCAUUACCCAGUCUAAAAUAGGUGGAUAAUGUUUAUCCUUUAUUUUUCUACAUAGAGAUUUUUGAAAUUGUGUGUGCUUGUGUGUGUCCAUAAAUAGGAUUAGAGUUGGGAUGGUGUAUCUGUAUUUAAGAAAUAAGAGGGUUGAAUUCUUCCAUCAUGAGAAGUAAAACAAAACGGGAAAAAAGGCACCAAAGUAACCAGCUGGCUUUAUGUGGCCUGAAAUUAUGUGUAGCGCCCUCCUGUGGGAGUUUAACUUGAAUGUAAAAUAAUAAAUACAAAGUUUAUAUUUUAAUUUUUCUCUUUUCAUGGGGGAAAAAGGUACGUUGGAAACAAGUCAAAAUAAUGAUUUUUCCUCCCUCUGUGGACACGCCCACACAUCCUGGUUGUCCGCACUGUCGGGUAGUGGCCCCGGUAGUAUAAGAACAGCUGGCCUUAGUGUUCCCUGAGAGUGAUGUGAACGUGUGCCUCCCUGAACAGCUCUUAGCACUGGACAUGCCAUCAUUUGCUUAGCAAAUCAGAGGCAUUUCCCGCCUUUGUCUUAGGGCUAAUUUCUGCAGUGACCUUGUUCUCGAGCACUUCAGCUAACUUGGUCGGUAUGUGUUUUUAUUAGUCACCUCUUAACCCAUUUUCCCUGAAGUCUAGGAACUUUCGAAAAUCAUAGCUAGAAUAUUUCUGGCAUUCAUCUGUUCCAGCCCUGGGUCUUGGCCAUCACAGCCUCUUACUGCACUGAGGCCAGCCCUCCAGCCCAGACUGCAUUGCUGACACCAGUUAGGACCCUCUCUCUGCCUCUCCAAAGCCGCUCAGCAGCCUUGUCUCGGGUUAUUUGAGAACCUAUGUCUUCUCUGCUUUGUUUUCUGAAAUAGAGUCAGAUCAUCCCUGAGAUCACAAGCUUAUGUCUUCUAGUCUGCCACUCUCAUGGAGGUGACAGAAUGGCUCAAUUUCCUUCUUGCAGCUUGUCUGUGGAUGAGCAGGGAACACACUGGUAUUUUCAUUUUGUUGGCCCUGGUCUCAUUUGGAAGUCAUGGCUAGCGUGCUCCCUCUCACUGGGGAGGCGAGGACCUUAAGUUCCUGUGAUGGGUGCAGCUUCCUGGGAAAAAAUUCAGCUUGUACUUGGAGAAUUUUCAUUUAGGGAUUGUGGUGACAUUUUGCUCACCACAUGGGACCAUACAUCACCUGGAGCCCCUGGGCAUAGGUUUUGUUUCUGUCCAGCAGCUGUGAGAAAUCACAUGAGGGUCAGCUGUCUUCCUUUUUCCGAUCAGAAGGAGAGAGCCACCUCAAGUUCUUAGAUGUGCUCCAGGAGGGCUUGGUGGCUGGCUGCUGACCUGUCAUACCAUAGGGUAACAGUUUCUGUGCUUCUUGGUGUCCUAGGAUGGUUGGUGUCCUAUUAUCACGGAAAUUGUCUCUACUCUCCUGCUAGUGUUGAGUAGUGUUAAAUCCUGUAAAUGGAGGGCAAAUCAAAUCGUAGAGGUUAAAAUUUAAAUCAAGUCCAAACCAUUAUUCCUGCCACAUCCAUUGGUCCAUUUGGUGACUAAUCCUGCUGCAAAACCAGUAUUCCCUGUUGGGUUUUCGUUACAGCCAUCUUCUGGAAUAGCUUCUUUGGUCAGGGCCAUGUAAGAUGGAGAGGUAAGACCAGAACUUCAGAACUCUGUGACUUUGAAAUCCAGGGGUCCAGUCCUAGCUGUCCCUCCCUUCGAUGAUCCGUAGGUCUUCGGGGAGGCGGCUUUUUAACCAGCCCAACACACCCAGUCACCAUGGGCUGAGCAAGUGAUGUAUCUGAACAAGCUGUUAAAAAGUUGUGACUCAUUGAACAAAAGUGUUUGACAUUCCUGUGGGGUUAAUUCCCCCCACCACCCUUAGCUCCAAAGUUGGUAUUGUCCUCACCCCCAUGCAUAUUACAGCCUGUGUGUUGAUUGGGAUUUUUGACAUUGCAAAGUUCUAAAUAGGGAAAUGCUUCCUCCUGCCCAGUAACCAGGUUAUUAAAGUCAUUGACAUCUUUGGAGUGGCAUCCAAGGAUGGACCAUGCCACCUGAGUACACUGUUAAUAGUUUAGCUGUGUGUGUUUUCAUGUUCAGGCCACCCACUUAAUAGAUAAGUGUUAAUUUAUUAUAGACUAAAACAUUGAUCUUUUAAAAAUGGAAUAUUCUUAAUUCAUGGCUAUUUUUAAAUGGAUUAAAUAUAGCUACUUUUAUGUGUAUUUGUGCACACAACCCCCCCCCUCCCGGUUUUACAGCCUCAAUCUUCCAAAUGUCUUCCCAAGGUUGUAUCUCCAACACACUGCUAUGCUAAUAAGGUUUUAUUUAACUUUAUUUAUGGGUAAUGGUGUCUGUGAAAAAUAGAUGUGCCGCUGCCAGUCGCACAGUGUGUGGGAUAAGAGUGGCCUGGUGUUAUUUUCUGAAUGUCUUAAAAUGCUUGUGGUCAAGACUGGUUUUGCCUUGUGACUUCUGAGUAUGUGAGCUACAGUGUGUUCCAAUGUGAAGGUGUUUGCUGUGCUGCUACAGUUGUAACACUGGAGCUGGAGAAAAUAAAGCAUUGAUUCUGA